UCGCAGACCACGCUGCCGGCCGACAAGCAUUGACAACGACAGCCAUCGACAAACAUGGCCGCACUCAAGGCUCCACGAGCAUUCAGCUCUUUCAUCUGUUCUUCAUGUCGCCAGCGCCUGGCGCCGACCAUCCCCCAUCGCGCCUUCUCCAACACUGCGCGAACUUCUGCAGCAUCCGACCCAUUCAGUGCUUUCAGCUCCCUUACGCCCAGCAAUCCUCGCGCUCGUGGUCGUGCACCGCAAGGGAAUACUACUUCCAUCGAUGACCUUCUCCAGCUUGACUCCGAGACGCUACGAAAUUCCACCUUCGCCAACGAAAUAGCAGGGGUUCCACGCGACCAGCCCCAUAAACUCCACGUCUAUGCAACGAAGCACAAUACGCACAUAACAUUUGUGCAGCCUUCGAGGCCAGCCUCGCAAACAGCGUCAUCUGGUGUCUCUGGAACAUCUGCAUCAGCGAAAGAUCAGAACAAAAUGGUCGACGUGCUUCUCUCGCUAAGUGCCGGUAACAUUGGAUUCCGAAAAGCUGGAAGAGGCAGCUAUGAUGCAGCCUACCAACUUGCUGCUUUCACUCUAAAGCAGAUGCAAGAGAAGGGCAUGCUCCGAGAUAUGCACAGUCUUCAGGUUAUCCUGAGAGGCUUUGGCGCUGGGAGAGAGGCAGUCACAAAGGUCAUUUUGGGCAGCGAGGGGAGGAUGAUCAGGAACCGCAUCGUGAGUGUUGUCGAUGCCACAAGGUUGAAGCAAGGUGGUCCGCGAAGCAAAAAGCCGAGGAGACUGGGCUAGAGACAUCAACGAUCAGAAACGAAGUUGAGCCCGAUGGCUUCGCCCAUCCAGUCUUCCCCGUCUGUAUUGCCGCUGUAACAAGCAAAGCCACGGCCACGCGCCAAAAAUAAGGGGAGCGCAGCUUAGUCUCCCUGCGGAAGAUCAUGGAUCGCUCAAAUACUCGCCCCGACGU